AUGGUUGUUGAAGCGCAAAUCGAGGACCAAGGAGUUGGAAAUACGGCCGAUCUCGAGCGAUGCGAAAAGUUCGUGCAACGAGCAGUUCAUUCGAACCCGACUGUGCAGUUCAUGGUGAGAGCGCUCCGCGAGGCCGGGUGCCCAGUGUUCGUUGAACAGACGGGAACGCCGCCUUCGCCCGGGGUGCAGUCCUUGGAGCCCGGUGCCGCGGAGAAGUUGUCUUCUCGGAUCUGCUGUCGCCACUGUGAGGCCGCUGUUGGCGGUGGCUUCCAGGACGAUGGCACCGUCAUCCUGUGUGCCAAUCAUUUGCAGUCGCAGUCAAUGACAUCGACGACGCUAGUCCACGAACUUAUUCACGCCUACGAUCAGUGUAGGGCAUAUUUGGACUGGAGCAACUGCGUCCACCAUGCCUGCAGUGAGAUUCGAGCCGCUGCACUCAGCGGUGAUUGCGACUGGCUCCGUGAAGUCGCUCGUAGCCAUUUUCGCAUCGGCGGGCAGUUCCGUCGUUGCAUCAAGCGCAGAGCCGAAAUGAGCGUCAAAAUGAACCGCAACUGUAGUGAAGCAGAAGCUCGAGACGCCGUAGAACGUGCAUUUGAACCAUGUUAUCGCGACACUGCUCCGUUCGAGACCAUUCCCUAG